CGUUUAGCGACAAAUCUAAUCUGUUUUUUUAUUCUAAGUGUUUCUGCUAUUUUGCGUAAUGAAAACCUAAGUCUUCUGAACUCUUGGGCUCGGGAAUUCUUAUAUAACUUAAGCGACACAAUCAAAGUAUUUUGCAUUCUCUUAUUAACUGAUUUAUGUAUCGGAUUCCAUUCACCCCGCGGUUGGGAAUUAUAAUUACCUUUAUUUCUAAAGAUUUGGGAUUUUGUGAUAAUGAUUUAAUUAUCUCUGGUCUUGUUUGCACCUUUCAGUCAUUCUAGAUACAAUUUUUAAAUAUUGGGUUUUCCGUUAUUUAAAUCGUGUUUCUCCGUCACUUGUAGUUCUUUAUCAUUCAUUGAAUGACAUGAUUGAAGACUCUAUGGGAUUCAUAAUUCAAUUUGAAGAUUAAUUUUUUUCUGUUUUUCUAUUGUAAAUAAGCGAAGCAUUAAAAUAUUAGCUUCAUUACUUAUUUUAUAGAACUAUUUUUUUUAUAUUUUUAUUCCAUCAAAUAGCAGAAUCCUGGGUAGCAAACUAUACUAGUGACCUACCCCAUUUUAUUGUAUCAAUUUUGCAAUCAACGAUUCGACUAUGCAAACUCGAAAUCAUUUUCUUUGGAUAAAUAAACAGAUUACUCGAUUGAUUUCCGCAUUGAUCAUGUUAUAUAUCAUAACUCUGACAUCCAUUUCAAAUGCAUAUCCUAUUUUUGCACAGCAGAGUUAUGAAAAUCCACGAGAAGUAACUGGCCGUAUUGUAUGUGCCAAUUGCCAUUUAGCUAAUAAGCCCGUGGAGGUUGAGGUACCGCAAGCGGUACUUCCAGAUACUGUAUUUGAAGCAGUAGUGCAAAUUCCUUAUGAUAUGCAACUUAAACAAGUUCUUUCCAAUGGUAAAAAAGGGGGGUUGAAUGUGGGGGGCUGUUCUUAUUUUACCGGAUGGUUUUGAAUUAGCCCCUACAGAUCGGCUUUCUCCCGAGAUGAAAGAAAAAAUAGGCAAUUUGUCUUUUCAGAGCUAUAGACCCUCGAAAAAAAAUAUUGUUGUGGUGGGCCCUGUUCCUGGUCAGAAAUAUAGUAAAAUAACCUUUCCCAUUCUAUCUCCCGAUCCUGCUACUAAUAAAGAUGCUCAUUUCUUAAAAUAUCCUAUAUAUGUGGGUGGAAACAGGGGAAGAGGCCAAAUUUAUCCCGACGGUAGCAAGAGUAACAAUACUGUUUAUAAUGCUACAGCAACAGGUAGAGUUAGCAAAAUAAUAAGAAAAGAAAAAGGGGGUUAUGAGCUAACCAUAACGGAUCCAUUGGAUAGUCGUCAAGUGAUCUAUAUUAUCCCUCCUGGACCAAGAACUUCUUGUUUCAGAAGGGGAAGAUAUCAAAUUUGAUCAACCAUUAACGAAUAAUCCUAAUGUGGGGGGAUUCGGUCAGGGAGACGCGGAAAUAGUAAUUCAAGAUCCAUUACGUGUCCAAGGACUUUUGUUAUUUUGGCGUCUGUUCUUGUGGCACAAAUAUUUUUGGUUCUGAAAAAAAAACAGUUUGAAAAAGUUCAAUUGUCCGAAAUGAAUUUAUAGACUUGUAGCAUUAGCAAUCUAAAAAGAGACGAUUCAGUGUUAUCCAUA